AUGAAAUGAUACAAGAAUCUUCAUUCACGACAACAACUCAAUCUUCUAACAUGAAAUGCUCUUUUUGUCUAUGCGAAUAAUGUGAGCAGCAACAUGAUCAUUUUAUUAGUCGUGUUAAAAAACUCACUUAUAUUUUUAAGGAAAUGUCUCAUAAUAUUGAUGUGCAAAGAUCCAAGAAGACUCCACAACCUUUAAAAUGUAGGAGGUUGAAAAAAUCUAUUUCUCAAACACUUUCUAUGAUUAUUGAGAAGAAAGAAAAGGAGAAGAAGGCAAAGGAGGAGAAGGAGAAGAAAAAAGAGAAGAAUGCAAAGAAGGAGAAGGAGAGGGAGAAGAAGGCAAAUGAAGAGAAGGAGAAGGAGAACAAGGCAAAACAGGAUAAGGAGAAUGAGAACAAGGCAAAACAGGAUAAGGAGAAUGAGAAGAAGAAGAAGGGAAAUGAAGAGAAAGAGAAGGAGAAGAAGAAGAAGAAGAAGAAGAAGGCAAAGGAGAUGGAGAAGUAGAAGGGGAAGGAGAAAGAGAAGGAGAAGGUGAAGCAGAAAGAAAAAUCGAAAGCAAAAAAAAAGGAAGAAAGUCGAAGUUGUCAGUUUUGAUGUGAAGCGAUAAUAUUCAUUUGAAGGUUUUAACAUUGACGGUGGGGGUCCAAUUGAACUAAUGGCAUCCUUCUCGCAAUGGAUAAACGAGGGUCUUUACAAGCAUCAUGCAAAAAAAGGAAACAAGGAGGAUCACUACUUAUUCAAUUGCUCAAAACUUGAAUUUGACCAACUUGAUUUAGUAGUUGCAUUUUCAAUGAAUAAGGACUGGUUCUACGUAAUGUCUCCACCCAAUAGGUGCUGGAAUGAGGAGUAUGUGGAUGUCAUAUUUUACUAUUUGCGUAAGAAGUCGAAGCAGCAGAUUCAUUCUAAAUAUCAAUAUACCACAACUAGUUAUUUUUUCAAAACAUACAUUGACAAUUCUAGCGAACAUGAGGAUAAAAUCAUUGACAUAAUGAAAGGGUAUGCUAUACCUUUUGGAAUGUCUUGGCACUUGAUGGAUGAUGUUUAUGUCCCUGCAAAUAGUAAUGCGGAAUUUCAUUGGGUCUUGGCAGUCGUUGCAUUGAAGGAACGGUGCAUAAAAGUUUAUGAUUCCAUGUCCUCAAAUAGGUCUAAUAGAAAACUAUCCUCCGAGAUUCAAAAGAUGGUUACAAUGUUGCCAAAGUACCUUGUGUUGAGUGGAUUUUUUAAGCAAAAUGAGCGAACCAACUGGUCAGUUCUUAAAGGUUACCAAGGAAAGAACAAAUCUCUCUCAUUCGAAGUCAGUCUGUCACUUAUAUUGCCCAACAAGAAAGCAGUAGUAUGUAAGUAUAACAGUAUUAUUUUGUCUUAUGACUAUCGAAAUAAUGAACGAGAACACAAUCCUGAUAAUUUUGGUUAUGGGAUCAACAAUAAACUUCAUCCUCCGGUUGAUGCUCAUAACCAAGUGAUCGUGGAAAACCCUGAUGAGGGUGCUUUGAAGAGACAAUCUCCUGCCCCACGACCUCAAGAGUAUUACAGGGGCAAUGUUAACAUCGCUGAUUCGGAUGGACCUCUUGUCCUACCUCCUCUACCACAAGGUCAUUCAUUCAUGUUGAAGGAUGUGUUCCUAGCAAGGUGUUACCCGAUUUCUAAAAACCAUAACCACAAAGAUAGGGUGAACAACUUUAUGUCAUUGCCUGGGGAGUCGGUAAGUAGUUCUUGGGAUAGGUUCACUUUAUUUAUGAGAAGUGAUCCAAACCGCCGCAUUGAUGAUGGAUUGUUUAAAGAAUACUUCUAUAGGGUGCAAGAUGAUAGCAAUAAGGCGAUACUUGAUACUACUGCGGGUGGUUCUUAUGUGAGUGCACUUAUGCAGAGAUCACAGAAAAGUUGGAGAAAAUUUCCCAAAACAACAUGGCUUGGAGCACUAGGAAUUCAUACAUUGGGAAAAAUACCUUUGCAGUGGAAGCAACACACAACCUGA